AUCUUUCAUCACCACAGAAAGACUGAAACGAGGGGAAUAUCACAAGAUGCGUUCGGCAGGUCAUGGCCAGCAUCCAAUGACACUUGGGAGCACACUGCAAGACAAUGCUGAUUCUGACAGCGAAGCCGAGCUGGACAAUGGCCACAGGGAAACCUCGAGCCACACUAAACCGAUGCCGAUGCACCGAAGACAGCUGAUACAGACCAAGUGGCCAGCACUGGAUCUUCUCCGCAAGCACUCUAAAACAGUGGCCCCAAAUGAGAAGGACUCCGAGCAUUCCGUGCAGGUUGCACGUAAACCGCCGCGCCGUAGCGCAGGAGGCGCGGAGACCCGUCAAAAGCUAAGCCAAUGGCGAGCACCCUACUUCAAAGGGAAUUACGUGCAUGUUGGUGAAGCACUGGGGCAACAUGUUGAGCGCAGUCUCUAUGAGUUCGGAAAAGCCGGUGCCACCGCUAGCACAGAGCGCAUCCUUGACUCUAAUGGCAGUACACCGUCUGGGUUGGAGAGAGAUCCGGACAUGAUUGGCGAUGAUGUGGAGGGCGAAGGACUGCGACUGCAAGGUGGUAUAAAACAUGGCCAUGUCUUCAAAAACAGGGCUCUGUCAUGUCAUCGGAGAGCAGUAUCUGCACCAACAAUUUCGACUUGCCUGGGUGUUUGCUCAGCGUCAAGUGUCGGUCAAGGCACACGCACAGGGCGACCAGCUCGACUGACAUCAUCAUCCUGUGUUGAUGCCUACAAACAGAAGCCACUACAAUCUUCAGUAGAUAGCAGAGCAUCUGGAAAGGGUAGCCUUCGUGUCGAGUGGCGCAAAGUUUGUAAAAAGGUGCCGGAAGAAGAAAGAGAGCGUGAUCCUCCCAAAGAGAUGUGGGCCGAUAAGCGGCAGACAAGUUCUGCAAAGACUUCCAUGGAGACUAGCCCUAACAACAACCAGUUGCAUAGGAAGGCCAUCAUCGACCACCCAUCCAUACCGGAGGUGCCCAUUUUUUCCGCUCACAGAACAGAUGCUAUCAGCACCACCGAUGAGAAGGAUCAAGGAAUUGAUCACUUCUACCCCAAGACUCAGUUAUCCGCUGCCCAUCAGGGUUUCCGCGUUCGCAACCAACCACGCCCCUUCAAAACAGGACUACGCCCGAGGCAGCUUCCGGGACAUUCUUAUCAGGCACCGGAGAAGGCUCUGCCAAGUGUCCAAGUUCAGGCAUUCAGACGUCCCAAGAAACCCAGCAUUACUAGUGGCUUCACCCCACCAGUUGUUUCACAUGUGCCAGAGCCGGUGUUCGUUGACGUGUCUGGCCUUCGAGCACCGCAUUCCAGUCCACGGAUCAGCAAAGCCCCCACGAAGUCCGCACUACACUCAUUCAGAUCCUAACGUUGCAUAGCCAUGAAACGAUAAAUAUGACUGCAAAUUCUGUUCCUAUCCUUGAAGUCACAUCCAUUUUCACCUGGUAAACCCGGCUUUGUUUUCAUCUAAAUACGAUUUAAAUACGUUAAUCUGGCCAUAUGUCUACCUCAGAUAAUAUUUAAAUGAAAUAUUCACAAGCAGUGAAUGGCUGAAAUUGUCUAUUUGUGUCACCAAGCAAAUCAGUUGUGAAUCUGUGCUCAUCUAGACUAUAGUUUGUGAGUGAAGUGGUUCCAUCUGAGAAUUUGUAAUCGAUGUUCUGCACUUCUAAGUCUGUGGGAAUUGAGGCAAUCAGCAAAACGGAAACAUCUUUCA